AUGGGUGGAAGCAGGCGAAGCAUCUCACAAGACCACCAAGCAAGGCUGAAUGACCUGAAACCUGAGGCCACUGGAGUGAAGCUAACCCUCCAAACCCCAGACAAAGCUGGCCACUGCAGCAAGCUACCAUGUAACUGCCCUGUAUCCCAAACUACAGUGAAAAUAGCGUUUGUUAAGACCAGAAGACUUCCUGAUAAGGGCAAUGAGAGAUUAGAGGCUCUUCACAGGUAUUGCAUGACUCUUUCUGAUUGGAUGAGCACCGUGAGAGCCUGUCUCUCAUCAGGUCAAUAUCUGGACUGGAAAGCCUUUUUAAUAGAAUAUGCCAAUGUACAGGCUGCUGCUAAUCGAGCAGCUGAGCUGCUGGACAAGCUGGACCUGCUGCUGCUGCUGCUGGAUGAGGAGAAUGGCAGAGCCGAGGCCGUGCUGUGGGUGGAGCUACUUCAGAAGAAGGCAGAUGCUCUCUUUCCCGAGACAGUUCUGAGCCGAGGAGUGGAUAACAGGUACCUGGUGCUAGCUAUGGAGACCGUGCAGAAUGAAAGAGGAGCAGAGGAGAAGCGCUUGCUCAUCACCAUGUCCCGCGACCGAGAGCACGAAGUUCUGUGCAUCCUGAGAGAUGGCUGGAUACCGGUGGAGCCAGGGGACAUCGUUCACUUAGAGGGAGGCUGCACAUCUGAGCCGUGGAUAAUAGAUGAUGACGUUGGCUAUUUUAUCCUGUACCCAUACAUGCUCAUCUCCGGCACCAGCGUCGUGAGCAGCAUUCGGUGUCUGAGAAGAGCUGUCCUGAGGGAGACCUUCAGGGUCUCUGAUCCAACCACUCGCCAAAUGCUGAUUGGUAUGAUUCUCCAAAAGGUCUUACAGAGGGCAAUAAGUGAGACCUUUGCCCCAGAAAAGCUACAAGAGCUUGCUCUUCAAACUCUCCAAGAAGUAAGGCACUUGAAGGAAAUGUAUUGCUUGAAUCUGAGUCAAGAUGAAAUAAGAUGUGAAGUUGAGGAGUAUCACCCCUCAUUCUCUAAGUGGGCUGAGAACUUCAUGUGUAAGGGCCCUUCGGCUGAAUUCCCUCAAAUGCAGCUCUCUCUGCCAAGCUAUGGCAGUAACAGAAGUUCAUCUUGUAACAGUGAAGUAAUCAAGUCGCUGGAUAUCGAGGAGAGCAUCUGGUCCCCUAGGUUUGGACUGAAGGACAAAAUAGAUGUCACAGUUGGGGUCAGGAUACAUCGAGAGUGUAAAACGAAAUAUAAGAUAAUGCCACUGGAACUGAAAACUGGCAAAGAAUCGACUUCUAUCGAACACCGAAGCCAGGUGAUCCUGUGCACGCUGCUAAGCCAGGAGAGGAGAGGACUCCGAGGCUGGCUCCUCAAGACCAGGCAGAUGUACCCUGUGCCUGCCAACCAUCUGGACAAAAGAGAACUUGUGAAGCUCAGGAACCAGCUGACCUUCUCUCUGCUACACCGAGUGACCAGAGCAGCUUCGGGGGAGGCAGCUCGGCUUUCGGCCUUGCCACAAAUAACUGAGGAAGAGAAAACUUGUAAAUAUUGUUCUCAGAUGGGCAACUGUGCUCUUUAUAGCAGAGCAGUUGAAGAACGGAUAGAUGAUGCUUCCAUCCCAGAAGGCAUGCUGUCCAAAAUCCAGGAAGAAACCCGGCACCUGCAGCUGGCACACUUGAAAUAUUUCAGCCUAUGGUGUCUCAUGUUAACAUUGGAGUCACAAUCGAAAGACAAUAGGAAGACACACCAGAGUAUCUGGUUAACGCCCGCCUCUGAGCUGGAGGAGAGUGACAACUGCAUUGGAAACCUGGUCAGGAUGGAGCCUGUAGAGAGAGUUAGUGAUGGACAGUACUUACAUAAUUUUCAGCGGAAAAAUGGCCCCAUGCCAGCCACCAAUCUGAUGGCAGGGGACAAGAUUAUUUUAAGUGGAGAAGAGAGAAACCUCUUCGCUUUGUCUAAAGGCUACAAGAAGAAGAUUAACACGGCAGCCGUUACCUGCUGGCUAGACAGGAACUUGUUGCCACUCCCAGAAGCAACCUUGUUUCGACUAGACCAGGAAGAAAGACACGGUGACAUAAGUACCCCAUUAGGAAAUCUGUCCAGAUUGAUGGAGAACACAGAUCCCAGCAAAAGACUUCGAGAAUUAAUCAGCGAUUUCAGAGAACCUCAGUUUACAGCCUACCUCAGCUCCGUCCCCCCACACGAUGUGAAGGAUACAGUGGCCAACAUUCUAAAGGGUUUGAAUAAGCCCCAGAGACAAGCGAUGAAGAGAGUUGUUCUUUCAAAAGACUACACGCUCAUCGUUGGGAUGCCAGGGACAAGAAAGACAACCACAAUCUGUACCCUCGUGAGGAUCCUCUCAGCCUGUGGGUUCAGCGUUCUGCUGACCAGCUACACGCACUCUGCCGUUGACAACAUUCUCUUGAAGCUGGCCAAGUUUAAGAUCGGGUUUUUGCGUUUGGGUCAGUCUCAUAAGGUCCAUCCAGACAUCUAGAGGUUUACAGAAGAGGAGCUCUGCAGAUCAAGCUCCAUUGCAUCCUUAGCCCACCUAGAAGAACUCUACAACAGUCACCCUAUCGUUGCAACAACCUGCAUGGGAAUAAACCACCCAAUAUUCUCCCAGAAAACCUUUGAUUUCUGUAUUGUGGAUGAAGCCUCUCAAAUCAGUCAGCUAUGCCUGGGCCCACUGUUCUUUUCUCGGAGGUUUGUGUUGGUGGGGGACCAUCAGCAGCUUCCUCCCCUGGUUCUCAACAGGGAAGCAAGAGCUCUGGGCAUGAGCGAGAGCUUGUUCAAGAGGCUGGAGCGCUGUCAGAGCGCUGUCAUGCAGCUGAUCGUGCAGUACAGAGUGAAGAGGAAGAUUAUGUCCUUGAGCAACAAGCUCACAUACGAAGGGAAGCUGGAGUGCGGGUCGGACAGAGUGGCCAACGCAGUCCUAACCCUGCCCAACUUCAAGGAUGUCAAGCUGGGCCUGGAGCUUUAUGCCGAUUAUUCUGAGAACCCCUGGCUGGCUGGAGCGUUUGAGCCAGACAAUCUCGUUUGUUUCCUUAAUACAGAUAAGGUCCCAGCUCCAGAACAAGUUGAAAACAGUGGUGUGAGCAACAUCACGGAAGCCAGGCUCAUUGUCUUCCUGAUUUUUAUAAAGCUUGGCGAGCUCCUGAAAAAUUGGCGGAGACUCAACAUGGUGAUAACCAGAGCCAAGCAUAAACUGAUCCUGCUGGGCAGUGUGUCCUUGCUGAAGAGCUUCCCCCCCACCCCACCCCCUACCCCCCCCCCGCUGAAGAAGCUCUUUGACCAUCUGAACGCAGAGCAGUUAAUGCUGGACCUUCCAUCCAGAGAGCACGAGAGCCUCUGCCAAAUC